CAUAAAAAGUGUUGUAAAGAGCUGCUUCUGAGGCCUCCAAAAAGUACUUCCUCAGCUGUUGCUUUCUCCAUAUAUCUCUCUCUCUCUCUCUCUCCACACUGCUGCGCUUACCACUUCUCCCUCCGUUAUUUGCCAGUCUCCACUGUCACUCAUUCCCUCCUCCCAAUGACCUGGCAUGGCCCCUCUCGCUCUCUAGAUGUGUAUUUUUUGGAGAACUCCACUUUAUAUUUAUAAAUCACUCUGUUUUUUCCUUUUGCUCGCCUUAUGAUUUGACCCACCACUGGGACUUGCAAUGAAUGGACUCUAGGCACCGCAAAUGGAGAUGGGUUCGAGCUCUUCCUUCUCUUCCUCCAGCCCCUCCGAUUCAUCCUCGCUCAACGGCUUGAAGUUCGGCCAAAAAAUCUACUUUGAGGAUGUGGGUGCCGGAGCCCCGCCCAAAUCUGGUGGUGGGUCGUCGUCGGUUGCCGGCGGAGGCGGGAAGCCCCCGGCGGCUCCGAAGAAGGGGAGGAGCGGGGUUGUCCAGAGCGGACAGCCGCCCAGGUGUCAGGUUGAAGGGUGUGAAGUAGAUCUGAGUGAUGCUAAAGCUUACUAUUCAAGGCACAAAGUUUGUGGUAUGCAUUCAAAGUCACCCAAGGUCAUUGUUGCUGGCCUUGAGCAGAGGUUUUGCCAGCAGUGUAGCAGGUUCCAUCUACUUCCUGAAUUUGACCAAGGGAAACGCAGUUGCCGCAGGCGAUUGGCUGGCCAUAAUGAACGUCGUAGGAAGCCACCACCUGGAUCUCUAUUAUCCUCACGCUAUGGACGACAAUCUCCAGCAGUAUUUGAAAACAGCCGAGGAGCCUUUCUGAUGGAUUUCUCUAGCUACACACCAAGGUUCACUGGAAGAGAUUCGUGGCCGACUACAAGAGCAUCUGACCAGGUUUCUGGCAACCAACCAACAGCCACGGGGAAGUUUCUUCCACACCUGUGGCAAAACGAAUCUGAAAAUCCUCCUGACCUUUUUCUGCAAGGUUCAAGCAAUGGUGCCAACUAUACUGGUUCCACUGUUCCUUCGGGAGAAUGUUUUUCCAGAGUCUCGGACUCUGGAUGUGCUCUCUCUCUUCUGUCAAAUCAACCUUGGGCCUCAAGAGACCGACCCUCUGGUCUUGAGGUGAAUAACUUCCUAACCGCUGAUGAAACAUCCAUGGUUCAUUCAGCAACUGCUCAAGGAUCGGCCAUCAACUUCUCUAGCACCCCAUGGGGUUUCAAGGGCAAUGAAGCCGGCAACAGUUCACAUGAGAUGCCACCUGAAUUGAGUGUCAGUCAGAUUUCACAGCCCGAUAACAAUCUCUUCCCCGGUGAUCUUGAGUUGGCUCAACACAGUGGAAGGCAAUACAUCGAGCUUGAGCAGUCCCGGGCUUUCGACUCUUCUACUCAGCACAUCCACUGGUCACUUUGAGUACUUCCUCCUCCCCCCCUUUCCCUUUGUCUCUGUGGCAUCUGAAAGACUUACCCUAUCCAUGUUUGUGGCUUCUGUUAGCAUAAAGAACACAAGCUGACACUUCUGUUAACCUAUUCGUGUUUGUUUUUGUGGCUUCUGUUACCCUAUUCAUAUCCAUGUUUAGGCUUCAGGUUGCCAAAACCUAAACCUUGUUGUAUGCAUGGCCUCUGCCUUGACUUUUGUCUGUUUGUUUCUGUUUUUUGUUGUUGCGAAGGAAAAACACAUCCUUGUAGGAAACUUGGGUUAAUUGGCAAUAGACUGCUGUUUCCUUCCAGUUUAGUGAUUUGACAAGGAAUCACAUGAUGCAUUCAUAUAUU